AUGACCGUCGUCAGCGAUCUGCCUUGCGAGAUCAUCGUCCAAAUUCUCGGAAGCCUGGGUCAUGUCAGAGCUCUCUCACCUGCUAGACUCGCCUGCCGACAUUUUGACGCUUCUUUCCGCGUUAAUAGGACCCGGGUAUUGCGAAGUUUGCUCCAAAGCCAAAUCCACGAGGAUUUACUCCCCUACGCCAUCUCCCUGGAAAUAGAGAAGCCAGCUGUUGGCUCGCCCUCUCUUACCAACUUGAUUCAGACUAUCUAUGAGAAACCGAAAGAUAUAUGCAAUCAUCUAGAUCAGCUUUCAGUAGAGAAGCUCUACUCCAUCUCACGCACACACGAAGCAAUCAGGACCCUUGUUGAUGAAUUCUCGCAGCUUGCCUUGGUUUUUGCUUUGGCAACCCCCUUCCGGCCUGGAUAUUCAUUCCCCGAGGCAUUUAUUUCCGCCACAGAGAACUUCCGGAUUUCUCGUGCAUUUUAUUGUGUGGAACUGUUUCUCAGGCUGUAUGGGCGGAUUUUAAAAGGCCCUGAAUCCGAGGUGCCACGAUCAGACGGCCCUAUCUGGUUUUACGGGCAGCAUAACCCUUGGGAGUGCCAUCAAAUCUUGGCCGUCUACGAGUACCUGGAUGAUACCGUUAGAAUUGUCUCCAGCAAGUUAGCUAAGUCCUCUAUGAGCAGCGAGGGUGCUGCGCUGUUCCACCAGUUCUCGAUUGCAGAAGGUGUCAGGCAUAUUCGCCACGUUAGAGAAAAGUUCCCCAUUUCGGCAUCCAACCAGGAAAUGGAAUCGGCCUUUGAGAACAUGGUGCAAGAGCCCUGGCUUGAUCCAUUUUCACCCAGACAUAAUUGCGAUCUAUCGGGAUACAGUGACCACAAUGAUAGUCUGAUGACGGGGCUACCUAGAUCCAACCCUGAUUAUUCCUAUAGAGACAAUGCAGUAAAGGAAAAUUGGGCGGCAACUUACAGGCAUCGGCAAGGGAUCCCAGAUGAGGAGGAUAUGCGCUUUCUCCGCAAGGCAGGCUUCGUGUUCUGGGACCAACCUCGCGAAGAGCGGACACUGUGCCCGAUGACAUCAAUAUUCUCCCUUCUUUCUGCGCAGGCUGAAGAGUCUGAUGGUUCGGAAUUUGAUUAUUACGAGGACAUGUCUGAUGAUGAAUAG